UUAAAAAUAAGCGAAGUCGUCGGACCGCUACCGUGUCGGGAGGAAGAAUACGCUAACAUUUACGAUUUUAUUUCUAGUAAAUUAUUGGAUAAGUGUGGAGGGUGUAUGUAUAUAUCUGGAGUACCCGGAACUGGGAAAACUGCAACAAUUUACUCAGUAGUUCAAGAACUAAGGCAAGCUGUGCAAACGAAGCAGAUACCAAAGUUUAAAUUUAUCGAAAUUAACGGAAUGAGACUUACAGAACCAAGUCAAGCCUAUGUUGAAAUUUUAAAGCAAUUAACAGGAGAAAAGGCUGCAGCUGAAAGAAGCGCCAGCAUUCUAAAUACAUAUUUUAACUCUAACCAAAAAUAUGCGACUAUUGUACUUGUUGAUGAGUUGGACCUACUAUGGACUCGUAAACAACAUGUAAUGUACAACUUAUUCGAUUGGCCAAAUGCUCGCUACUCCCGUUUAAUUGUACUGGCUGUUGCUAAUACUAUGGAUCUACCGGAGCGAACAAUGAUCAAUAGGGUUUCUAGUAGAUUGGGGUUGACUCGAUUAACUUUUCAGCCGUACAGUUUUAAUCAGUUAGAACGUAUUAUACGAGCACGUCUAGCUAAUUUGGAGGAAAUAUUUAGCCCAGAUGCGAUUCAGUUCGUGGCUAGAAAGGUUGCUGCAGUAUCUGGAGAUGUUAGGCGUACGUUAGAUAUCUGUCGCAGAGCUGUCGAGAUUGUUAAUCAGCAGUUAGACAAAGGGCAAGAUUUAGAUAACAGUAGCGACGCAAAGGUAGAAAUGAAACAUGUAGCAACAGCUAUUUCUGAGAUGUUUUCAUCUCCGAAGAUAGCCGCUAUAAGAAACGCUUCCGUACAUGAACAGUUAUUUCUUCGCGCCGUUAUUGUAUCUUUUCGAUUGAGCGGAGUUGAAGAGACAGUUUUUAAAGAGGUUUAUGAACAGUAUGUAUCUAUUUGCCGAACGGAAGGAAUUAUGGUAUGCAGCCCAUCGGAGGUACUUAAGUUAUGCCAAAGAUUGGGUUCCUGCAAGUUGCUACUAGUAGAACCCGGUUGUGCCCAGCUGGCGAAGAUUAGAUUAAACGUCAGUCAGGACGAUGUAAGUUAUGCCGUUCAGAGUGCUAUGCAAUCUUAA